AUGUCGGAACAAAUCAACACCAAAGCCGAGCAGAUCCAGACCGACGGCGCCGCCAAGGCCGAAGCUGUCCAGAAGAGCGCGGAGGAAAACGUCAAGCACGCAGAACAGAACGUGCACGACUCUGUUAAGGACGCAGAACAAAAGGCCGUCGAGACCAAAGACACUGCUGUCAAGGACGUCAAGGACGCCGUAAACACCGACAAGUCCGAGGCCAAGACCGAGGCUAAGGUGGAAGAAAAGAAGGCGGCUCCUGCCAAGGGCUUCCAGAAGUACCUCAACAAGAUCAAGAAGGUGUUCUCUUGA